AUGGAAGGUAUUAAAAGACACUUUGACAAGUGGAAAAUUACCAAUAGAUUCGGCUAUACCGCGAUGUGGAAAAAUUCUGAUUUAGAGUCUGAAGCAGACCUUGUGUCGCUGAGUAAAAGAGAAGGUGAUAAAGAGAAUUUUGAAGCCAAGGAUCUGGAUGAGGUGAGUAGUACGUUAGAUGAUGACGGAAAAGCGUAUGGAGAACAGUAUAGAACAUGUUCGUGGUUACACACGACGGGGCUAAUCCUAUCUGAGUAUAUUGUGUUGGCCAUUAUGUCAUUUCCGUGGUCAUAUUCGGUUCUUGGAUUGUUUCCAGGGUUGCUCCUGACUGUAUUCGUUGCACUGACGACGUUGUACACAGGUCUGAUAAUAGCAGAAUUUUGUGAAAAAUUCCCCCAUCUGAGAAAUAUCUGUGAUAUUGGACAAGUCCUGUUUGGGGGUUAUAGAUGGGCCUGGUAUGCUACGGCAAUCUGUUUUUUGCUGAAUAAUGCUUUGAUCCAGGGUUUGCAUGUCUUGGUUGGUGCCAAGUAUUUGAAUACAAUUACGAAUCAUUCGGUUUGCACGGUGGGGUUUGCUGGUAUAACAGCUAUCAUAUCGUUGGUUUUUUCCUUACCGAGAAAGUUUAUCUCCAUGUCAUUCCUUGGAUAUUUUGCCACUAUAACAAUGUUUGUUUCAGUCAUACUUGCGAUGGUAUUCGCUGGUGUACAGUCUCAUCCAUAUGGAUACGAUGGUACUCCCGUUGUGUAUAAGGCAUUCCCUGUAAAAGGAACUACUUAUGUUAGUGGUAUGGGAGCUUUUCUGAAUAUUAUCUACACUUUUGUGGGUCAAGUUACAUAUCCCCAGUUCAUUGCUGAGAUGAAAAAUCCAAAGGAUUUCAAGAAAGUACUGUGGGUCGUUUGUAUUUCCCAGAUAGUGCUAUAUGGGUUGGUUGGUUCCAUCGUUUACGUAUAUGUUGGUGAAAAAUACAUGUCAGCUCCAGCAUAUGGGUCAUUAAUAAGAGCAUUUAAGAUCAUAUCAUUUUCGUUCUGUGUCCCGACCAUCGUGUACGCUGGGGCCUUAUAUGCCAACGUUUCUGCCAAAUUUCUUUUUUUUACAUUCUUUGAAAAUAAGCCAGGGUACGUUUAUUCGUAUUCGCUAAAAAGUUGGUUGGUAUGGUUUGUUAUAUUAGUGGUUUUAUGGGCUGUAGCCUUUGUGAUUGCUGAGGUUAUUCCAUUUUUUUCGGAUUUAUUAUCUCUUAUGUCUUCUCUAUUCGACUGUUGGUUUGGUUUCGUCUUUUGGGGACUUGCUUACAUUAGGUUGAGAAAACACGAGUAUGGUGAAGCUUUUUCUUUCAGGAACUUAACUUUCAAGCAGAAGAUCAAUUUCAUUUUGUCGUACUGUUUGAUAGGUAUAGGGUUGUAUAUUUUGGGACCCGGAUUAUACGCAUCUGUGCAGAGUAUCAUCAAUAGCUAUAAGGCGGAUCUUUAUGGUACUGUUUUUAGUUGCGCUUCUAAUGGGAUUUAG